AUAAGAGUCCAACUUUUUGAAAAACCUGGCCAUGAAUAGGAAGUGAAAAGUAAGGAAUGGACGUCGUUUUGAAAUGAUCAUCUGGCAAAUUCUUGAAGUGCUGAAAACGUCCAUCAUGACCUAAAUCAGUAUUGUUUGUGGUUGUGUUUAUAUUGUUAUUUUUUCCACCAUGUAUUGUGGAUGGAUAUUCGUGCAUUGGAUACACCAUAAAAUGGCGAGCGUUGCUUGCGUAGAGAACGGCUGACGCAGCAUUAUGAGAUUUACCUGGCCGAAGAUUCGUAGCUAUUUCAUCAUGGACACGCUUGUUUGAUUAGAGGAGGGAAACAGCGCAGCAACCGGAGCCAGUCCUCCCGGUGCUGGCUUCAAUUUUGUUGUUGUUUGCACAUUGAAGAGUGCUUUGUGAGUUUGUUCUGUUCUCCUGCCAUUUCUACAACUUCUUGUAUGCAUGGAAAGGCGUGAACCUUGGCACCGUCCAUUAGCCGGUUAGCGAAACCAUUUUUUUGUUCUUCUUUAUUGAAUGCUCAUAUCGAAAGUCCAUGCUCAGACACACCCUGGCCAACUCCAUAAGUGUUAUAGAAAUCCAUGCCUGAUUGGAUAGCAGCAUCACGUGACUACCGCACGACUUCCGGUGAUGUCACUAUCGAGAGAAUCGGCGUCACUUCAGUCAUUUCCUCGGCAGGCUGGACUUCUUCCGCGCAUGACGUCAUGGAUACUUGUGCUCUUCGUUUACCCGUCGCUGAUGACGUAUGACCCAGUUUUCGGUCUGACAGAUACCAGCUACCCAAGACCAGUAGGCCCCACGUGGCUGUCCCGCCCCCCGGGCAAUGUGGUGUUCGCGAACACGAAAGGCAUCGCCAUCUCUUGCACGGCCAGCGGCACACCUGCCCCGGAACUGGACUGGGUUAAGGAUGAUGGCGAAGCUGUGGUCAGCGUCGCAGGUCUGGUCUCUGUCUUGGCCAACAACACCCUCUACUUCCACGCCUUCCAUAGCACUUUGUUCGACGCCAAGGUCCACAAGAGCAUCUACAAAUGUCUGGCCACCAACGCAGGGGGCACCAUCGUCAGCAGUAACGUCUCCGUGAAAGCAGUUCUGGUUGAGCAGUACACAAACUAUGAUGUGUCCUUGAAUGACAUGUGGGUCAUGCGAGGUAGCACGGCCGUCCUCAGGUGUGUCAUCAACCCUCCUUACGUGACUGAGUACGUGAAGGUGAUUGGAUGGACCCGGGGUGAUAUGGAGCUGCGAUCAGAUGGUCGUGUCAGUAUUUUGCAAGACGGAGUGCUACACAUACGAAAUGUGCAAGACGAAGACACGGGAAUGUUAUCACUCUACACCUGCGUCACGCGAAAUAUUCUCACUGGCGAAAACAGAACCAGCAAGAGCGCAACCAUUCGAAUUCACGAGCCACCUGCUGGCGGGGAACGUCCCAUUAUUCAUGACAGUUUACCCUCAGUUACCAUCAGUCAAGGAGAAAGUAUCGAGCUUCCAUGUGUGGCUAGUCAGGCCUACCCAUCACCUAGAUUUACUUGGAAAAAGGACACUAUUACCCUUGCCAUUGAUGGUUGGCGACUGGCAGCCAGGGGAGGAAACCUUUUGAUAAGGAAUGCCACAGUUUAUGACAGCGGAGAAUACAUUUGCAUCAGUACUAAUAAUCAUGCUCACGACUCGUCCAUUACACAUUUAACUGUUACUUCUCCUUUGUCAGUUCUGAUAGAGCCAUCAGAUCAAAUAGUGGAUGCUGGCCACUCCGCUAGGUUUAAUUGUACUACUUAUGGGCAUCCUAUCAACACAAUCAACUGGUUCAUAAAUGGUCAUCCAAUAAAGACUAGCAGUAGGAUUUACUUUGAAAACAAUGUCACCCUGGUGGUCAAAGAAGUGACCAGGUCUGACCAAGGCAUGUAUCAGUGCUUCAUUGGAAAUGACAGAGACUCUGCACAGGGUGCUGGACAGUUGUCAUUGGGAGCUGCUCAGCCUGCAUGGCUGGAUGGAUUUCAAGAACAAUUUGUUCAGACUGGACAAAAGGUUACUCUGCACUGCAGAUUCUCUGGCAAUCCUAUUCCACAGGUAACCUGGUCUUUGGAUGGAGCUGACCUUCCUCUUGACCAUGCCAUUGCCUGGAACAGCUUUGUGACCACAGAAGGGGACAUCAUGAGCUUUGUGAACAUCUCUAGUGUGGUGGUGGCGCUAGGUGGGGAAUACACAUGCUAUGGUGUCAGCAAAGUGGGCCUGGCCAAGCACACUAAUAGGCUCAAUGUCUACGGAAGUCCUUUCAUAAAACCAAUGCCCAAUGUGACUGCAACAGCCAGUAAAGAUCUGUCACUUCGUUGUUAUGUGUCGGGAUAUCCGUUAGACUCUAUUCAGUGGUACAAAGGUGCAGCACAGUUACCAAUCAACCACAGGCAGAGUGUUCUUGAGAAUGGAACUUUGGUUAUUCGCCAUGUCCAGCGAGAAGACUCUGGCCAGUACACAUGUGUGGCCCUCAACAGAGAAAAACAAAGAAUGGAGAGGAGUAUGCACAUAGCAGUCGUGGAGCCACCUGUGAUUGAUCCCUUCCACUUCCGGCAGAGGAAGCAAGGGGAUAGAAUCCUAGUCACUUGUGCAAUAAUCAGUGGAGAUCUGCCCAUCACCAUCCAGUGGGAAAAAGAUGGUCGUGCUAUUCCACAGGAUCUUGGCAUUCGAAUACAGCAACUGGGGGAUUACUCCAUCUUGUCAAUCAAUGGGGCUACACCUAGGCAUGAUGGAAAUUACACUUGCUAUGUAAGCAAUGCUGCGGCUUCUGUCAACUACACUGCCACCUUACAUAUUGAUGUGCCCCCACGAUGGGUCAUGGAGCCUGAAGAUUCUUUUGUUGUCCUUCAUGAGUCUGUGCAGCUGGACUGCCAGGCAGAUGGAACUCCUGACCCCCGGGUUGUCUGGAAGAAGGCUGAAGGUCUGAUCCCUCGUAACUAUCAGCAGUUGACAUUUGACACUAACCAGGACCAUCGCCAGCUGUACCACAAUGGAACACUGGUCAUCAAUAAUGCCAGGGAGGAAGACCACGGCUACUAUCUAUGCCAGGCCAGCAAUGGAGUGGGCUUUGACAUUAGUAAAGUCAUACAUCUGAAUGUUCACAUCCCUGCUCGCUUCAAUGAACCUCGUCAUAAUUAUACCGUCAUGAAAGGUCAGAGUGUUACCUUAGAGUGUCAGGCUGUGGGUGACAAGCCGCUGUCAAUUUCUUGGAGUUUUCAAGGCUCUCCUAUUAGUACCUCACCUACAAAUGAAAGAGCCAAGAUUGUGUCACAGUCCACCCCACGGGGUAAAUUGUCUCAGCUCACCUUGACCCCAACAACCAGGGCUGACUCUGGCUUCUACACAUGUAAUGCCAAAAAUAACUUUGGAAAUGGAGUAUUAGUUAACUAUUUGGUUGUUCAUGAGCCUCCAGAACCACCUGGUAAAGUGACCGUAAUGAAUAUCACAAGUCGCAGUGCUGUGGUCACAUGGGAGGCCCCAUUUGAUGGCAACAGUCCAAUUAUCGGCUAUACUGUCCAGUACAAAAACAGCACAGGUACUGUGCCCAAAAAAGAUGUAUGGCAAGGUGUGCUUCCCAAUAUAACAGUUGCACUGUCCAAACAGCAGGCCAUCUUGGAAAAUCUGCUUCCAUCAUUUACAUAUCACAUCAGAGUGCUGGCCAACAAUACUGUUGGCUACAGUGAACCCAGUGAGAUCGUGGAGGCUACCUUACAAGAAGAAGCCCCCACUGGACCUCCAGAUAAAGUCACUGUACAGGCUGUUGGAUCACAAGCUCUUAAGGUCUUGUGGGAGCCACCAGUGAUGGGCUAUCAGAAUGGCAAAAUUUUAGGUUACUACAUUGGUUACAAGGAAACACAGAGUCCAGCUCAGUUCAUCUACCAGACUCAUGAAGUACCUGAGGGCACUGACCCCAGCAAGUCCCCCACUGAACACACCAUCGGCAAGCUAAAGAAGUUCACCCAGUACACUGUCCAUGUCAAGGCAUACAACAUUAAAGGCAUCAGUCCUGCAUCUACAAACCUGAAUGUUUUUACACUAGAAGAUGUUCCUAGUCAGCCUCCAGAGGGAGUGCAGGCCACUCCACUGAGUUCUGAGAGUAUCAAAGUUGCCUGGUCACCUCCUCCACUGUUUACUUUGCACGGCAUUCUUCAAGGAUAUAAAAUCUUGUAUAAACCAGUCAGACUUGAUGAAGAUGAGAGUGAUGCCAACUUCCAGACGUCCAGCCAGCUAGAGAUUGUACUUUUUUCAUUAGAAAAGUUCACCAACUACAGCAUCCAGGUCUUAGCUUAUACAAGGAAAGGAGAGGGCGUGAGAAGUCCUCCAGUCUAUGUCAGAACAAGAGAAGAUGUUCCUGAUGCCCCAGCCAAUAUUAAAGCCCUUGCCACAAAUGACACUGCUAUAAUGAUUUCUUGGACACCACCAGCUAGACCAAAUGGUAUCAUCACCAAGUAUACGUUGUACUUCAAUAAUCAAAGCUCUCCAGAGGUUGAAGAUGUAGUCUAUGAAUUGGCCCCCAAUGUCACCAACUACAUGAUGGCUGGUCUCCUGCGUGGACUGGACUAUGCCUUCAGGGCUUCAGCAUCCACUGCCAUGGGAGAAGGCAGAACAACAAAGUAUAUUGGUGCAAGUACUCUUAUUGUUGCUCCUGCCAGGAUUGCUAGUUUCUCAGACAUUUUGACAGUGUCAUGGCAUGAAGAUGUAACACUUCCUUGUAUAACAGUUGGCAAGCCCAAACCUAAUGUUCAGUGGAGGCUUAGAAAUCAGGCCAUUACCAACUCUGAGAGAAUCUACAUGACAGAAGAUGGUUCUCUUCACAUCACUUCAGUAACUGGCACUGAUGCAGCCAACUACACCUGUUUUGCCGAAAACCCCCAUGGUAGCAGCCAGAUAGCAUACACUCUAAGAGUUCAAGUUGGAGAUCAUAAAGGAACACCCCCACAUCCUCCUCACCUGUAUUUAGUAUUGACAACAACAACCACCAUACAGGUGAAUUGGUUGUCUGGCAGCAAUGGUGGCAGUCCCAUACAAGGGUUUGUGCUCAAUUACAAGAAAGAACACAAUGGCUGGAAGGCGCUGUCAUUUGGUCCUCAAAACAGAACAUUCAUUGCAAACAAUUUGAUGUGUGGGACACAGUACAAGUUUAUGAUCCAUGCCUUCAACAAGCUAGGAGACAGUCUGGACUCUGAAACCGUCACAGCUAGGACAAAUGGCUCUGCACCCAUCAUUUCACCACAAAGUUUGCUGUUGGCCUCAGUGAAUGCCACCUCUGUGACCCUUGACCUCAGCUCCUGGCAGACAUCUGGCUGCCCAAUUCGAUUCUUUUCUGUCAAGUACCAUGUAUGGGGAGAUGAAACCUGGCAGUUGGUCAACAACAACAUACAACCCAACACUACUUUGUUUGUGGUUCAAGACCUGUUCCCUGCCACAUGGUACAUCAUGGAUGUCAGUGCCCAUAGUGAUGCAGGCUCCACUACAAGUCAGCUCAAGUUUGCCACGCUGACAUUUGCUGGAAGUACCAUCAAGCCCCUAAAAGUGCUUCACAAGCAGGAGGCAGAGUUCUAUGAGAAAGUGUAUCUCAUGGUUCCAAUAUGUGCAGCAGCAGUCUUUCUGUUUUCUGUGGUGGUGGCCAUGUUUUUGUUCUGUCGUCGUCGCAAGGACAGGCUGCGAUACAAAGAACAUGCUGCCAACUUACGCCGUGACAUUACUGCAGAGACAUCUCUGAUGAAUGACCUUGACAAGCGGCUCAACACAGAGUUGGACAGCAGCAGCAGCAGCACUCUUCCAGAACACAUCAGUAAGCAACGGAAUGCCAACUUGCUGAUAUCUCUGCAAAGUGAUGACAACCUCCCUGGCAACAGCAGCGCCUGGCUGAUCGAUGGAAGCAAUAAAACCACAAGUGAUAAUGGGAGCUUUGGACGUUCAGAAGAUGAAGGCAACAUUAACCCAUAUGCCACAUACAACGAGAUCAAACAAACCAUUAACCCUGAGAUUCGAACCACCAUCCCAUUGAAAGGUGCAUCAGUUCCUAAAUCUUCAUCAGAGGAAGAUGACAUAGCCAUGCAGAAAGCAGCUGCCAGAAGAGAGAUGGAAGAUUACCAGUCCAAGCAGUCUACUCAGUCUACUGGUUCAACCCCAUCAGAGCCUUAUGUACCAUUUUUCCACUCUAAGAGAGAAAAGCAGGCCAAAUAUACCAAGAAGCAGCCUCCACCUCCCCUGCCGGCACCUAGGAGAGCCCAGGGAUGCACCAAGGAUGCAGUCAUCAUCAAAGAAGGUUAUGACAAUCAUGGAGUCAUUCUCAGCCCACGACGCUAUGCCAGUGCAGAUCAAAUUCAUGCUCUAUUCUCUCAGCCAUCUCGUCCACAUAGCAGUAUGAAGUCUGGAUCAGAGUCUACUGAUAAAGGUUCCCAGCGACACAGUCUCAUCUCUAGUGUCACAACAGUAUCUUCCAGCAGAGACGAACUGUUGGAGGCCUUAGAAAAUGCAAAACGGAACCCACCCCCUCCUGUCCUUUACGAGAGUGAGAAUGAUCCACAUCCAGAUGGAGGCACUGAGGGAGACAUAGAUCCAGACUCCAGCUCCCAGCCCACAGAUAGCUCAGUUACUACAGAGCCAGGAAUUCGAAUGUUCACUCAGUCACCACCUAAGCCAAAUGAGCAGAGACAGGCUUCAUGUGAGGUGCCCCCCUAUGAACAGCCAUCACAACAUAAACGAAGGCGCCCACAGAGAAUGGAAGUAGAGAGUGAUACUAAUGAGGCUCCUGCAACUGCCCUGAGGCGACCACUUCCGCCCAGAAAAGUUCGACCCCGCCAUAGGGGCAAACAGAGAGGUCAAGUCACUGGCAAAAGAGCACUUGGAACCUUUAUGCCCAGAACUCAGAGUGGUACCAGUACCACCAGCACCAACAGUGAGGAAGUCACCUACACCUUCGGAGAACGUGCACAGACCCCCAGGUCAAACAGCCCUGAGAGCUAUCCUCCUUAUACACCAGCAGUGGUCACCACUGUCCAGGAGGGCUUUAUAGAGUAUCGCUCUGAAACUAACAGAGCUAAGAGAGGAGGGCGUCGAACUCCUCAUGCCAGAGUACGAUAUGAUACUAACAUUCAGACACCUGGCACUGAUGACCACCGUCCAUUAGUUACAUCCUUAGCCCAUCCAGCACUGGCCACAUCACCUGAAGAGGAAGAAUCUGUCAGCUUGCUGGACAGACAUUAUCGGCCAGUUCCAGAGGAAGAAACAGAGAUGGAAACUAGAACUGGCAAAGAAGGGAAGACAGACAAAGGUUACACAGAGGACUAUACUGUUGUUUAAAGAAGAACAACUCAGUCCUUCUUUUGCCAUAUAAAAGAAACAGUUUUACAAAGUUCUUUAAAAAAUAUGUGCUUUUCGUUAUGGAUAUUGGACCUGAAUUCUAUCAUUAAUAUCAUUUCAUAUCACUGGAGACUACCCAUUUUAUCAUUGGAUAUUCAUCUACCGGAUUUCAUCAUUAUAUUUCAAUUUCUAUACUAUGUGUUGACUUGAUGCUGAAGGAAUUGGUGCUUUUGAACAUACAGAUGUGUGUUUUCAUUUCAUUUAUGGAGAAUCUACACAAUUUUAUGUUUGUGCUAUGUUCUAAUCAAUUGUAUUCAAAGAAACAGACUUUUUUUUUGGAUUACUGAAUUUUUAAUUGAUCAACAAAGGCUCGUGUAUUGCUGCAGAUGGAUUAAAACAAAAGAAUAUUUGGAUGCUGCAUGUGAUCACUUAGUCUCAUAUUUCAAUUAUUUAUUGCUUUUGUUUUCAAUGUUUUAGAGCGGAAAUAAACUUACUUCUGAAUGCUAUUCCUAGUAGGAACAUUUAAAGUGGGUGCUGGAACUGAUGGCUUCUGCUUUUAUGAUUACGAGGAAACUGUAACAUCUUGGCCAUCGUUAAAGUACUCCAUCUUCAACCAAGAACGCUCUGCAUCAUUACUAGCUUUACUUCAUUAAUUUGAUAUAUAAAUAUAUUUUAUAUAUAAAAUAUAUUAUAUAUAUUUAUCAUUUUUUUUAUCUUUAGUGUUCUUGUCCAUGCAAAGUAUAUGAAUUUUGAUUUGCAGGCUAGCUGGAUAUUAAGGACUGACUCCCUGUUUCAUCAGGUUGGACACGUAGACCUGCUGGAGAAUUCUAAAGUCUUACGUUGUAUCUCUUUAGCUUCAUCAUACAAUGUUUGUUGAGGGGAUCCGAUUGGAGUAAAGAACAACUUAAUAGACAGUGUUCAAGUAGUUUCAAAAAUAUUUGGCAGGUACUUUAUCUUUGAAUGAAAGGUGAAUUCUUCGUUCGGUAUUUAUAAAAAAAGAAGGAGCUUCAGUGAAGAUAAUGUGCACAUUUGUCAUUCUUAAACAUUAACCAUGGCCUUCAUGACCUAGAGCAGCUCUAUUUAUUGUUCUUGCAGUCAACCCCCACUGUCGUAAUCCUUUAUUGUCGCAUAAAUCAUAUAUACGUUUUGAGGAAGAAGAAACAAUGUCUGAACACUGUUGACGCCAAUAAAUGGAACUGUUUGUGAUACAUUUGUUUAUCACUACAUGUCCUCAUCUCACCAUGUCAUUUAUGUGAUAGAGGCUUAAACUCAUGACCACGUUCCAAUCCCCUUGCUUCAAUGACUCAUCUGUUAUACAUACUCAUUCAAUGCGACCAUGACAUUCCAUAAAGACAUACAAAUUUGCAAGUCAUUAUUAGUUUUAUUUUGUUUUAAUUUUACACUUUUUUGUAAACAUAUUGAAUGAUAGGUGUUUUAUCUCAGUUCUCAAUCAAAUUUAGCCAUUUUUUUUUUAUAAUUGUUUGCCAGUUAUAAUAUUAUUAAUAUUUUAUAAAUGAUUUUUUUUAAAUUUUUUUUUAGCAUAUACACUUGAUCUGUCCAACCACAACCAGAUAAAUGACACUGAAUUUCAAAUGACAUUUCUUUCAUGUCCGUUUGGGGCUUAGGCCGCAGUUUUGUUGGUGUCAUGCAAUAUUCAUGUAUUUUAUUUAACUGUAUCCAGUAGUAUCCUUUGACUUCAGUGACAUGACAUUUUGACAUCCAGCUAGCCUAGAUGCCAUGUAAAAAAAAAUGAAAAUGUCUCAGCUUUUUUUUUUUUUUGUUGUUGUUGUUAAGUCACCAGCCAUGUUAAUUAGAAAACUGUUGUUGUUUUUUUCUUUUUGGCGUUAUUUUGACUAUUAUUUUUUUUUUUUAUUUAAGGACUAAAAGAUAUUCAUAUAUAUUUUUUUUUUGCAAAAGAAAACAUUUUCCUAAAUCUAUUUGAUGUGCAAUAUACAAUGUAGAUAAAUAAGUUCAAAUGUAAUAUAUCAACUAUUGAAAUAUAUUUAUAUAUCUUUCUUUAAAUUUAUAUAUAUAUAUAUACAUAUAUUCUUUUUUUUUUGUCAUCUAAACUGGCAUUAUGAGUUAACCGUACUUGUUACCAUGUCUCUGCUAACUGCUGCGUAUGGUAUUGCAUUCUGUAAUCUCCAUUGAACUCGUACUGUCAUAAGGGCCCUUGAUGAAGGCAUUUAAAAACUUUCCACGUUGUUAUCUCAGUAGGAUACAAGAAGUAAUCAGUCACAUAUUAGAUUUUAAAAUUUGGUAAAUAACUUGUUCUUAUAGAAUACUAGAAAGCCCUAGAGACUUAUGUAUUUAACAUUAAAAUCCCUGUGCAAUUUUUUGAUGGUAACUCUAAUGAACAUGCACAAACAAGUCCUUAAGAAUUCACUACAUUCACUUUGUAAAGUAUGAAAUUUCCAUUUGGUUCUUGUAGAAUAGUUUUAGUUGACUUUCAGUACACAAUCAUGUGGAUGUGCACAAAGAUUUUUAAAACUUAAUUUGAUUAAAUGAACAUGCUAUCAUUAAGGCUUAAAAACUACAUCUGAAGCUCAUUGUAAGACAAAUUUCCUUACGGAUAAUAAAGAUUAUUAUUAUUAUAUUAUUAGGCUAUCAUUUCCAUCCUCUUUCAUAUGCUUUUUUUUUUAUAGAUCUUAGACUUCAUUCUAAACACAUUAUCACUUGGAUCAAAGGUUAAUUUUCUGUAAAACUUAGACCUAUAUAAUAGUUAAUAGGCCAAAACUCACAAUGUUGCAUAUUCUAAGUUGCAAUGUGUAGAUACUAUUAAAUAGUCAAUUUAUUCUAUAGUCCUAACAAGGUCACCCUCCCCAAUGUAUCAUAAUAUCACUGUACAUAGCCUCUCAUUAUUUAUAACUCAUGUGUAUAGCAAUCUUCUAUGUCUGAGGAUUAGGUUUGGACCAGUAUUAUUUGAAUGCCCAUCACAGAAGAAGCUCUCAUUUCUGUUUUGCCACUUUUUUGGUUGUAGUUGUAGUAGUUGAAAGAUGGAUGGAUGGAUGAACUCAGUUGGUUUUUUUUUUCCUUCUCAUCCCUUUUUCAGUGCAUUUCUAGUAGAGUGUGCUUUUGGAUUCUUAUUGUUGGUCAUAUUGUACUGUUGUGCCAAUCCUUAUGCUUAGUGAAUCUUUUCAAUGUAUCUUGUAACAAGGAGGCAUUGUUGAACCUUUAACUUAAAUGUCAUAUAGAAGCUAUUGGUAACUGUGAAAAGUUGAAAUGUUAAUCUUAUACUUACAAUUCAUUCAUGGUAGAAACAUACUUUUGUGCACUAUUAGUCCUUAGAGAGAUGUCAAAGGAACUACACAGAUAUAUAUAUAUGUUGCUUGUGACUAUACUGUACUCAGCUGCAAACAUAUAUUGUUGAAUCAGCACUGGAUUAUAGUCAGCAGCUCAAUACAUCUAAAGAUUGUAAGAACACUCAAUGUGGCUGAACAAUUGGCUGAAGGAUUGACUUUGAAAUUAAGCAUUGUUCUUUACAAUAAGGCUUUGUCCCAGUUUAAAACUCAUGAUUUAGAUUAUUGUAAUUUUAUGGACUUUCAAUCUAACUACCAUACUGUUUUUUAGAAUCUAUACAAAAGCAACAUUUUUUUCUUGACAAAAACCCUAAAAUCUAACAGGCAUAUUGUUCCAUGUGAUGACAACCUUCCACAAUUAUAAUGGCAAACUCACUAAGGCCUUUAGACUGUCCAUUCAGCCAUUCUAAUUGUAUAUUAUAAUCAAAACCACAAAUAGUGUGCUGUGUAUGUACAAAACCAAACACUAUGAACAAUACACUGGAUACAUAAUCACCUUAACAGUAGAAGUCUAUUACUUAAAAAAAUAUUUUUGUAAAAAAAAAAUAAAUACACUUGUUUAGCUCAGAAUUUUUUUAAUUAAAAAAAAAUAAAUAUAGAAAUAAAGAAAACGAUUAAAAUUUUCACCUGUAAAGCCUUUAACUAAAAUCCAAGUGCCUGGAAUUUAAAUGAAGUUUUUUUUUUUUUUUUGUAAAAACUUUAUUUUUAAAAUUUGGAAACUUGAUGUUGUUCGUUUUAAUCCUCGUUUGAUUUUUUAAUUUUGAAAGACAUGGUGUUAAUAGUGAAUAGAGUUGCUGGCCUACUGUUUUGGUGGUUAGUAUACAUGUACACUGUCAUCAACCCAGUCACACUACAAGUCAUAUGUCAAUCUGUUCACAAAUCUCUGUCUCCAAAGUUAUUCCACCCCAAGACAUUUUGUGUGUAUGUAUUCUACAUUCCUUCUUUCUUUUCUCCCGAUCAUGUUAUAAACCAAAUAUCAGAGAAAUCGUCCACUAUUUUAUCUUUUUCUUUUCUUGUUUCAGCAAGUGGCACCAGGCCAUGGUUAACUAUGUAGAUUAUUCUUAUGUAGUCGAUAAACAUGUGAAUCACCAGUAAUAUCACAUUUCUUUUUUUAAAACUGUAUAUAUGUUAUUUUUGACCAUCCCAUGUUACAUCACUGACCCAUGUAAACAGUUUACAUGAGACCAUUUCACUUGGACAGCUAUUCAACUCCCCCUCCAUAACUUUUUGUUAUUGUUUAGUCACAUUUUUGUUUGUUGUUUCAUUUGAUGUGGAUUUUUUUUCUGACUCUUAUAGACUUUUGUGUGCAUCUCUGGAACAGAAGCUGGUUUACUUUGAAACAAAUAGACCUAUUUCUCUCUGUAUGUUAAGAAAGCUAAAGCUAACUGGUCCCCUCUUCUUUUUUUUUCCAGCAAGAUAGAUAUUAAAUAAAAAUAAAUCAUUUUCUCAAUUCACAUGUUGUCUUGAUGAAAAAAAAAAAAAGAAAAGUUAUAUAACUAGGCAACUUUCUAUUAAUAUGAAAUUUGUGAAAAAGAUUUUUUGAAACUAAAUUCCUUCACAGCAAGUAGAAAAUGCUCUGAACAUUUUAAUUUGUCCCUUUGAGUUUAAAACCUGACUACUUCGAGAGAUGCACACAAUGUACAUAUACACAUUGCUGACAAUGUCAAAUGAGAACACUUUUUUUUAAACACUAAAAAGAUGCACUCUAAAGGGCAGCGGAACAAUUUUAUUCUUUAUCUUCCCAUUUUAACAUACUAUUUAUUCCAUACAGUGAACAAAGCCAAUUUUUGUUUGUUUGUUUGUUCGUUUGUUUAUUAUUUUAACUUGAAACUUUUGUGAUUCUUCUAUACAGAAUCCAUGAAUGUGUAAAUAAUGUAAAUAUACAGUAUUGCUGACGACUGCAGCACAGUUUCAACUAUUGCCUAUGGAGCAAAGCUUUGCAAACUCUUCUUUCUUACCUGCUAAUGCAGAACUUAACUCUGAAACUAAAACUUUCGACUUCAACAUUUAAUUUCAAAAUGUGUUUUUAUCCUUUUUUAUUCUGUUUUUGAACACCAACACAAACAAAAUGAUCCUGAAAUUCUGAACAAAUAUUACAUUUUGUAAUAUAAGGAAAACAAAAAGUUGUAAACAUUUUUUUAUGUGAAUAUUUUCUUAAAUUUCUUCUACCUAAUUCUCAUGACCCCUCACAUGGCUAGUGGCUUAAACUGUAUUUCUAAUUGAUUUCAUGACUCGUUGUUUGCUGCCAAGAUGUGUCAGCUUUGUAAAGUUUUGCUCUGAGUCUUUGUAUGUUGUUUUUUUCUUUUCUUGAACUAUGUCUAGAAUGACCUACAUAUACACAGAGACGUAAGUGCUGUGAUGUUAUUUAAUGGAAUACAGUCAAAAGUCAAUGUCUUUGUCAAGUUUAAAUGAAACAAAACGAUGAAGAAAAAAAAAUAGCAAUAUGUCUUUGAGCACAAACAAGGGGGAGAAUCUGUUACUCAGACACAACUUGAGUGAUAUCUAUGUUACUGCAGAAUAACAGCAAGGGGAGAUUAUCUAUGAUAACAGAAGGGGAGAAAACCACAUGAUACUUGUUUUGACAUCCUUGGAAUAGAAAUUAUGCAGAAUGGGCAGUAGCCAUUUUGUUUUUCUAGCUGAACAUCUCCAUUCCCUUCUUUUAUUCAUGCUGAUGUUUUCAUCUGCCUUUAAUAUGCAAAACCAAUUCCUUUUGUAAAUGACUAAAAAUAAAAUCAUCCAAAUAAGUCCCUCAUUGUCUUUACAGUCUUAGCUCACUGUACCAAUUGAUGCCCGACAGCUCUGUUCUAUCCCAUUGUACAAAUUGAUGCCCAACAGCUUUGCAGUUUCAUCCAAAUCUUGCCCCACCCCCACCCCUCCCUUUUUUAUGACUUGAGUGGUAAUGUUGCUAUCUUACCAUCAGCAGUAUCCAACCAAUAGUACACUUGUUCAAAACUUAAGAAGUAAUGAGUUAAAUAUGGCUAUACAAAGUCCAUUCUUGUUUCCUUUUAGCAGCUGGUAUAGCAAGCACAUUGGGCCUGUUCUACAACAAGUCAUGUUGCUUCCAUUUGUCAAGGCAUUAGAGUAGGCUAUGCCCAUUCUGUAUACAUUUUGAUUCUGUGGUGGUAAGUAGAGCAGACACAAGACUACAUCUGUCAGCCUUAUAUUUAUAUCUCUAUUGUUACAGAGGGAGACAUACAACAUCCUUAAUGCUUCCAAUGGCUGAAGGUGUAGCUAUUUCAGUACUACAUUCAUAUCUUCAAAUGUUGACAGAACUUUCUGUAUCCACAUUCAUUCACUAUUUUAUUAUUUGUCUUUUCAAACAUUUCUUUCAAAAAAAUGUUUAACAUCAAAAAUCAAUUUUUCUCUUCAAACCUUGAUUUCCAAUGUCCAACUAUUGUAUGUCUGAUCAACUGAAUCAUGAACGUAUAUGAAAUGUUAUCUCUUUGUGUUGUCUCCAAUGUUUGAAUUCACUAAUACAAAGCUUUGAAAGAGUUUUUCCUCUAUGGUUUAUUACUUGUGCUUUCUUCAAGUCACUUUGUUGAAACUGGCAAUCAACAUGAUUGCUAGCUUAACAAAUUUGAUAUUUGCAUACUUCAUUGCCCUAGGCUUCAGAAACAAGUUGUCCAUUUCAAAAUGUUAUGACUUUGUUUUGUUCUUCUUUAGAACUGGUUAGUUUCCAAGCAUCCUAGUUCCACACAUUUUUCUUUCUGUGUUUUGCAGCUUUUUCUCAACCAUUGAGACUUGGGGGGUCACUUUUGUGAGCACGAGCAAACAGGUUCAAAUGCCUGCAUUGAAAGAAGUUGUUUUGUACUAUAUUCCUGUUCGUUAACGUCUGCGCUCAAACUGCUAUAUAUUUUUAAACUUAGAACUCAAGUUCGGUACACAGCUGGUACUUAGUGCUUAGAUUGAAACAAAGAGAAAUAAUGUUUGCUUUUUUUGUUUGAUCUUUUCAAUUCUACAAUUGAAGACCUUAGUGAUAGAGACAAUAGACCUAGUGUCUCAUAAGUUUUGGGGGCAAAAAUGAUGCUUUGUCUUGUGUCAAGCAGCUAGCAUGUAACAAUUCAACUGGCAAGUCACAUAUGUCUUAUCCUGAGAGAUUUGUGUAGGUGAAUACAUAAGCACUUUCGGAUUUUUCAUAUAUGUACUGGUUUCUAAAGUUCACACUGUGUGCUUUUUGUCCCUGAACCUGUUAGGAAUUACUUUGAAAUGCACCAUAGAGAGGAAAUAUCAAGAACCUAAUUAUGAAGUGAAAUCUCAUUUCUUGGUUUUCUUUCUUGGUUCUCUUAGAUUUGAUCUUUGGUCUUCAAUUGUCAAUAAACAAAUACUUUUUUUUUUACUUUAUUUAUAUGAUUGAAUCAAAAUAUCUCAUCAAUAUUAUAUAUUGUUAGUUUUACUUUUUUUUUUUUCUACAUUUACAUAUUUAAAAAAAUAAUUAAAUUUUUGUACAUAAUUUUGUAUUAUGUGACUUCAUUUCUUUUUAUUAACCAAACCAACUUUAACUUGAUUAAAUUUAUUGACAAGUCAAUUAUUUUACAAGUCAUUUUUUUUUUAUUAAACAUUUUAUAUAGAAAUAAACCAAAUCUAAUUCUGGUUUGGACAUAUCCUAAGCAUAAUUAGUAUUUCACUUCUAUUUGUGUGAGUUCUGUCCUAGAUAGUUAAUGUUUUCCAAACAUCAUUCCAUUUUGUUUGAUACUAACAUCUUCACCUGUUUCCUUGUAUAUUGACAUACAUUUUGUAAAGCAGUGAUGUCUCUUCCCUGUAUCUCUUCAUCAUUGACUUCAUCCCAGAACACUGGAGGAGAUGGUAUAACAUCUCAUCCACUUUAAUGGCUCAUAUUUUGCAUUGACAUUUUCAUGUUGUUUGAUUUGUGUGUUUGUCUAUUCCAAGUGACUUUGUUGAGAGGGGGGGAGGGCCAUGCUGAAUCACCAGCGUGGAAGCCCUUCUUUGCUAAUGAUGUUCAUGUUUGAUUAUGUAGGCCGUAGACUACAGCACUUUUUUUUUUUUUUGUAUCUUGCUUGAACAAAUGGCAGCGUAACCGACAUAUGAUGCAUUCCCACACAAGUGUUAAGUCAGCAGAAACAUUACACACUAUGUCUACUUAGUGCAAUAUUUAUUUCCAUGUCCAAAUUUUUGUGUUGGUCCAAAAAUAAACAUUUUAUAACAAAA